GGUACCUGAACCGGCCGCGGGUUCACAACGUGGAGGUUCUGCACGAGCUGGUGGAGGGGAGGGGCUCCCAGACCCCCUGCUGACCCUGUCCAACCACAGCUCCCUGCAUGGACGACCCCCACCUCUGGGGGUCCCUGAAGCUGCGACACGUCUGGAACCUGCACAGGAUGCGCUGGACCCCCACAGCCGCCGACAUUUGCUUCACGCGGGAGCUGCACUCGACUUUCUUCAGCCUCGGCCGCUGCGUCCCCGUCUGCAGGGGGGACGGCGUUUACCAGCGGGGCAUGGAUUUUAUACUGGAGAAACUCAACCAGGGAGACUGGGUGCACGUGUUCCCUGAGGGCAAAGUGAACCUGGGCCAGGAGGUCGCUCGGUUUAAAUGGGGAUCGUGCGCCUCUGGCCGAAAGUGUCGUCGGGACUCGCAUCCUGCCCCUCUGGCACGGGGAAUGAGCGACGUCCUCCUCAACCGGCGCCGCGUGCCCAGGGUGGGACAGCACAUCACAGUUGUCGUGGGACGCCCUUCAGUGUCCGACCCUCCUGGAGCGGCUCCGAACGAAGGGACUGGCACGGUGGAGCUCCGAAAAGCCCUCACGGAUUUUGUCCAAAGGGAAUUCGAGGCCCUUCGGGGCCACGCCCGGACCCUGCACCCCUCCCCCCACCCCCCCCGGGGGGACCCCUGACCCAAAAUGGGGACCCCUGACCCACAAUGGGGACCCCUGACCCACAGUGGGGGUUCCUGACCUAAAAUUGGGGGUCCCUGACCCAAAACUGGGGGUCCCUGACCCAAAAUUUGGGGUCCCUGGCACAUAAUGGGGGGUCCUGACCCAAAAUGGGGGUCCCUGACCCAAAAUUGGGGGUCUCUGACCCAAAACAGGGGACCCCUGACCCAAAAUGGGGACCCCUGACCCAAAAUUUGGGGUCCCUGGCACAUAAUGGGGGGUCCUGACCCAAAAUGGGGGUCCCUGAUCCAAAAUUGG